CUGCUUGCAGGAGACGGGCAGGGUAGAAGUCAAGGAGUCAGCUCUCUGCCAUUGUUCUUGUUCUGGAAGUCUGGGAACGGGACGGGACGACGCUGGACGGGUACCGGACGGCGGGUCUGUCGUUAUGACGGGCUCCGGUCCGAAGCUCGGGGUCCUGCUGCUGCUGGCGGUUCUGCUGCAGACUGUGGUCGUCACCAUCACGGUGCUGCACUUCACCACUGCUCUAAAUUCGAUGAAGGAGACGUUUGCCAGGAGCAGCGUUUCCUGCCUGACGGGAGCUGACCUGCAGAGCAUCACGGCGGUUCGGGGGGAUCCGUGCUGGCAGGUGACUCAGCAGCUUCAUCUGCUCAUCGAGAAGUCUCUCUCUCAGCGCUACCAGAGGCAGAUUUCAUCGGCAGUCAGAGAUGAAGUAUCUCGGGUGCUGCCCUCACUGGUGAUGGUAGACAGGGCUUCACCUCGCCCCAAAGUGGCAGCCCAUGUCACCGGCAGCUUCGUGCCCAAACUGGAACGAGAGGGGGGAGCUCCGGUCGCUGCGGGCCGCCGGGUUCACGGACAGAAGAUCUCGUGGUGGGAGGGGCAGAAGGGGCUGGCCUUCCUCCAGGACGUCCAGCUGGUGGACGGGGAGCUGGUGGUGCCGCAGCCCGGCCUCUACUACGUCUACGCCCAGACCUACUUCAGACACACCCACUCCCUGGAGGAGGAGGGCGAGGACGGCGAGGAGGCGGAGGACAGAGGGAGACCCCUGCUGCAGUACGUCUAUAAAAAGGUGAGCUCCUACCCGGUUCCCAUCCUGCUGAUGAAGACGAGCCGAACCUCCUGCUGGUCCCGGGGCUCCCAGUUCUCCCUGCACUCCGCCCACCAGGGGGGGCUGUUCCCGCUCGGCAGCGGCGACCGCCUGUUUGUCACCGUGACCAACGCCUCUGCUGUGGACAUGGACGAGAAAAGCAGCUUCUUUGGGGCGUUCCUCAUCAGCUAGACUCGGGAUCGCAGGUUGAUCUGGGGGGGGGAACCAACCAGACGCCAUCACGUUGUUUUUAAUGUUUGUGAUGAAUCAGUCUGAGGAAAACAUCAAACUGUUGCAGCCGCGAGAGACUUAAUGAACUCAGAGACUCAAAAACUGCAGCAGCAACUGGUCGGGACAAUCUGUCUCUUUUUUUAAAGAUCACAAACUAAAAAGAAGAAUGUGACAACACUGGUUUCAUGAUUGAUUGACUGAUUUGAUCUGUGUGUGUGUGUGAGAGAGAGAGCCAGUCAAACUCUGUGACUCUACAGACAUUACAAUAUGUACAAACGUGUCUUUAAGGCAGAAUCACAGAGUAUUUAGCUUUUUAAAAGUAAAUUAAAGUGUUGAGCAACAGAUUUUCUAAACUAACCCUUUUUAAGUCCCGCCCCGUUUUUUGCUCUGUCCUCCAAUCGCUAAGAUUUUUUGUCUUUUUUACUAUAAAUCCUUGAAACUGUUGUGCGCACAAAAACAACAAGCGAAAUCAGACAAAAUGACAUUGUUGGUUUCUCAAAAAUCCUACUUUUUUAGGGGGAUUGUCCUCUUUACCUACAAUGCGUAAUAAACUGGUAGCUCACGACUAAUCUGGUGAUAAUCUGCCAUUUGAAAGGUAUUUUCAAACUUCUUCUAAAUCUCACCUUUAACAGCCACAAGGGGGCACUGUUUUUGACAUUGCAAGCUUAGAUAUACGUGUGCCGACCCGGUGCCACCUGUAGGAAAGAAAAGGUUGUAGCAGUUUAGACCUUUUUCUAUAGCUAAUGCUGGAGGAUUCGUUCUUUACUGAGAAAAAACUGUCUCUGAGAAUUGUUUGUACUCGUGAUAAUCCAGCCACAUAAAUGUUAGGUGGAUGUUUGUGUAAAGAUGUAAAUAUUGUGUUAUAUUUUGUGUUUUUAUUUUUCCAAUAAGCCUGUAAAUUCCGAAUCUGGGAGCUCUCCAUGAAUCUGCUCUUCAUUUCCCCCCCUUCAGUGAGCUGUCGAACAUGCACAAACCCAGACAGUCGGGGGAGCGGUUGCCCCGAGGUGUAACAUCACCACCUCUUCCUCCAUGAGUUUUACAGUAAAUUUAAAAAACACUGCUCCUCACUGGGCUGUGUUUUUGUUGGCAGUCUCUCUCUCUCUCUCUCUCUCUCUCUCUCUUUCUUUCUGCUGUCAGUCUUCCAGCAUGUUGGCCCGUCCCUCGCAACCGUUCUCCAAAUGGUGCAUUAAAUGCUCCCCGACGGUUGGCGUUCUUGGGCAUUCAUGUCACGUUGGAUUAACUGCAGAUGUGACAUGCAGACUUUGGAGGAGGAUCAUUCGUGUGGGGAUUAUUUUUCUGUAGCUCGUCUGCCUUCCAUGUGAUUGUGGCCAACACUGCAACAAAAUCCACUAAUGUUCAAGGACGCAUAAACCAAAAAUGACCGGUUACAUUUGACCGAAAGAGAGUGGGAUGAAUCAGUGAUCCUGGAGAUUUAGAUAAUUGUUGUAUGAUAAAAGAAAUCUUAACUCAAGGUCUACUGUCUAGGUUUCUCCUGGGAGAGUUACAGUAUAAGAUGUCAUAUACAACAGUUUCACACAGUUCUUUAUACAUUAAAUUCAAGGGCUUUUUAAAGGAGUUUCCAGGCCCAGUUCCCCUCAAAUUCAAGGACCCAACAGCGCACAGUUUGAGACACGGAUCCAGGUUAAUUACUGAGAGAAACUAAUCAUUUAAAAUGAGAACAAGCAGGCUUUCACAGGCUGCUUUUUUGGAACGGUUGCAGCCUAAAAUGUCCGAUUUCACUGCAGUUUCUCAAGAAAAUUGUGUGAGAAAGUGAAAAUUGCACAAAGUUUCGCAAUAUUUUUUAAUAAUUAGUUACAAAUUGUCUGCAACUUGUUCCAGAAAGAAUAAAAUCAAUAGUCAUUUGGUGAAUUGGGCUCAACAGUGGCUGGGAACUACAAUGAUUCAUCAAAUUUAAGUUGGUUUUCCCUUCAAAUUCACAAACUUUAAAGGAUCUCAAGGGUCUGCGGACACAAUGAUGAAGAAGGCCAUGAGUUGAAAGCUCCAGCACAAACCUAAAAGGGUCAAAGUCGAGUUAAAUUCACUGAAUCUUCCAAUAUCAGCAUCCAAACAUCGUAUUUUCCAACAUGACAUGAAUGCAGCGUUCACUGUAGCACUAAUGUAAAUAUCACUUUUAUUUUUUCUCUUUAAUUUCUGUUUUUGCCACUAAAGUAUAUUUUCUUUAAAUGAUUUUGUUUUUGUUAGUGUUGGUAAUCCACAAAGAUAACAGUGGGAAGUGUACAAAACAUGAUGUCUCCAAUGGAUCGUGGAGGUUUAACAGUAACCUGGGAGACGGAUGUAAACGCAGCCAGUAUGUUCAACCUCCACCUGGAGUCCAGUCUUCUGCUGGACCUCAAACACCUGACAGGCAUCAAACAGUGAACACCUGUACAACAAAUCAGCCGGUAGACGAUCAAACACGAGAUAGACCAAAACUAAAUGUGAAUGUAAAUAAUGAGGAGUUUUUUUUGUCUGUAAAUAUGUGAAAUAAAAGACACUGUAAGAGGAA